AUGGCGUCGAGGAAGACCAUCUUCCCCACCUCGUCGAUCGGCGACAACCCAAUUGGCUCAGACGGGCUCUUCGAGUUCGACGAGGCCGAUAUAUGGAGCUCGUCAAACCCGGUUGCAGAACAGAAGAAGAGCGCCAUACCCAGUUACAGAGAGCUGAAGAAAAUGGGGAGGAAGACGACGAUGCUGAUGAGCAUGGCUGAUCAGAAAAAUAGUGCCAAGGUGACGUCAGCGUCGUUGCCGGUGAACAUUCCGGACUGGUCCAAUAUUCUGAAAGAGGCGUACAAAGACCAGAGGCAGAGGGACAGCGAUGAAGACCGCAGAGAAGAAGAUUUUGACGGUGGCGAUGAUGAUGACGAUGGCGGAGAUGGGAGGGUCCCGCCUCACGAGUACUUGGCGAGGACGAGAGGGGCUUCGUUUUCUGUUCAUGAAGGGAUUGGGAGGACCUUGAAAGGCAGAGACUUGAGGCGAGUGAGAAAUGCGAUUUGGAAAAAAGUUGGGUUCGAAGAUUGA